GCCAUGAGAAACCACACCACAGUAACAACCUUCAUUCUUCUUGGACUGACUGAUAACCCACAAUUACAAGUGGUUAUUUUUCUUCUCCUUUUUUUCACCUACAUGUUGAGUGUCACUGGGAAUCUAACCAUAAUCACCCUCACCCUGUUGGAUUCUCAUCUAAAGAUACCCAUGUACUUCUUCCUCCGAAGCUUUUCGUUUUUAGAAAUCUUAUUCACAACUGUCUGCAUCCCCAAAUUUCUUGUCAGCAUGGCAACAGGUGACAAGACCAUUUCUUACAACAGUUGUGCAACACAGCUGUUUUUUACUACUGUCUUGGGUGCAAUCGAAUUUUUUCUUCUGGUUGCCAUGUCUUAUGACCGCUAUGUAGCCAUCUGCAAACCCUUGCAUUACACCACCAUCAUGAGUGACAGAGUCUGCAACUUGUUGGUCUUUGCUUCAUGGUUGGCCGGUUUUAUAGUAAUUGUCCCACCACUCCUUGUGGGUCUCCAGCUAGACUUCUGUGCAGCCAACACUGUAAAUCAUUUCUUCUGUGAUUUUACUCCUAUAUUACAGCUCUCUUGCACAGACACAGCUGUAAUAGAAUUAAUGGCAUUUCUCUCAGCCAUUUUGACACUCCUGGUUACACUGGUAUUAGUGAUUCUCUCCUAUGCAAACAUCAUCAGGACUAUUCUGAAGAUACCUUCUUCUCAACAGAGGAAGAAAGCCUUUUCUACAUGUUCUUCUCACAUGGUGGUUGUGUCCAUUUCUUAUGGCAGCUGCAUCUUCAUGUAUGUGAAGCCUUCUACAAAGGAGAGAGUGUCUUUAAAUAAAGGGAUAGCCUUGCUCAGUACUUCUGUUGCCCCCGUGUUGAAUCCCUUCAUUUAUACACUGAGAAACAAACAAGUGCAAGAUGCUUUUAAGCACAUGCUCAAAAAGAUUGAGAUUUUCUCAAGUAAGUGAACCAUUUUAGUGAUAUUACUGACGUUAUGAGUAAAAUAAAGCAAGAAGGGUAGAGUGUUUCACAGAGCUCUUCAAAGUUUGUAUUCAAAAUAAUACUGUUUUUCUUGACAUAAUUUUCAUAGUGGCCUGCCUAA